AUGGCGGAGUCGGCGGCGGCGGACGGUAAGGCGGACAAGGUGGCGAACGGAGGAGGAGGGGGAGUCGGCGAUGCGGCGGGGGAGGGGAAGAAGAGGGUGGACCAGGCCGUGGCGUUCCACGAGCUCUUCUCGUUCGCCGACAAGUGGGACCUGAUGCUCAUGGCGGCGGGCAGCCUGGGCGCGCUGGCGCACGGGGCUGCCAUGCCGUUCUUCUUCCUGCUCUUCGGGGACCUCAUCAACGGUUUUGGAAAGAACCAGACCGACCUCCGCACCAUGACCGAUGAGGUCGCCAAGUAUGCGCUCUACUUCGUCUACCUGGGGCUGGUGGUCUGCGUCUCCUCCUACGCAGAGAUCGCGUGCUGGAUGUACACCGGGGAGCGGCAGGUGAUCGCGCUCCGGAAGGCGUACCUGGACGCCGUGCUGCGGCAGGACGUGGGGUUCUUCGACACGGACGCGCGCACGGGCGACAUCGUCUUCGGCGUCUCCACCGACACGCUGCUCGUGCAGGAUGCCAUCGGCGAGAAGGUCGGCAACUUCAUGCACUACAUCGCCACCUUCCUGGCCGGGCUCGUCGUCGGGUUCGUCUCAGCGUGGCGGCUUGCGCUGCUCAGUGUGGCCGUCAUCCCGGCAAUCGCCUUCGCCGGCGGCCUGUACGCGUACACGCUCACCGGGCUCACUUGCAAAAGCCGGGAGUCCUAUGCCAAUGCUGGCGUCGUCGCCGAGCAGGCAAUUUCACAAGUAAGAACAGUGUACUCUUUUGUCGGAGAGAGCAAAGCGCUCAAUUCCUAUUCUGAAGCAAUCCAGAACACACUGAAGCUUGGUUACAAAGCUGGUAUGGCCAAAGGUCUUGGAAUUGGAUGUACUUAUGGGAUAGCUUGCAUGUCAUGGGCACUGGUAUUUUGGUAUGCCGGGGUCUUCAUCAGGAAUGGGCAGACUGAUGGUGGAAAGGCUUUUACCGCGAUCUUUUCUGCAAUUGUCGGUGGCAUGAGUCUUGGCCAGGCUUUCUCAAACCUCGGAGCCUUCAGUAAAGGAAAGAUUGCUGGUUACAAACUGUUGGAGGUCAUUCGCCAGAAACCCUCCAUAGUCAAUGAUCAUAAGGAUGGAAAGUGGUUGGCAGAGGUCCAUGGAAACAUAGAAUUCAAGGAAGUUACUUUCAGUUAUCCAUCAAGGCCUGAUGUUAUAAUCUUUCGGGAUUUCUCUCUUUUCUUCCCUGCUGGUAAAAUGGUUGCGGUUGUUGGAGGCAGUGGGUCUGGAAAGAGCACUGUUGUGGCUUUGAUAGAAAGGUUCUAUGAUCCUAAUGAAGGCCAGGUUUUGCUAGACAAUGUUGACAUAAAGACACUCCAGUUGAGGUGGCUGAGAGAUCAGAUUGGUCUGGUAAACCAAGAACCUGCUCUUUUUGCAACAACAAUCCUUGAGAAUAUACUGUAUGGAAAGCCAGAUGCAACUAUUGCAGAAGUUGAGGCUGCAGCGACUGCAUCCAAUGCCCAUAGUUUUAUAUCUCUUCUUCCAAAUGGUUACAACACAAUGGUAGGUGAGCGAGGCAUCCAGCUCUCUGGUGGUCAGAAACAACGUAUAGCAAUAGCUCGUGCUAUGCUGAAGAACCCAAAGAUUCUGCUCCUCGAUGAGGCUACCAGUGCAUUAGAUGCAGACUCAGAAAGCAUUGUGCAAGAAGCUUUAGACCGUUUGAUGGUUGGGAGGACGACUGUAGUUGUUGCCCACCGUCUGUCCACUAUAAGAAAUGUGAACAUGAUCGCUGUGAUCCAACAAGGCCAAGUUGUUGAGACGGGGACACAUGAUGAACUCCUAGCAAAAGGAACCUCUGGAGCAUAUGCGUCCCUUGUCCGUUUUCAGGAAACGGCACGGAAUAGGGAUCUUGGAGGUGCAUCUACCCGCAGGUCACGGUCAAUUCACUUGACAAGCUCACUUUCCACCAAAUCUCUCAGCCUCAGGUCUGGAAGUCUAAGGAACCUCAGUUAUCAGUACAGUACUGGAGCAGAUGGUCGCAUUGAGAUGAUUUCUAAUGCUGAUAAUGAUCGCAAAUACCCAGCACCACGUGGAUACUUCUUCAAGCUUCUGAAACUGAAUGCACCUGAAUGGCCUUAUGCAGUGUUGGGGGCCAUUGGUUCUGUCCUCUCAGGAUUUAUUGGCCCAACUUUUGCCAUUGUUAUGGGUGAAAUGCUUGAUGUGUUCUACUACAAGGACCCCAAUGAAAUGGAGAAGAAAACCAAGCUAUAUGUGUUCAUCUAUAUUGGCACUGGCAUAUAUGCCGUCGUUGCUUAUCUUGUGCAGCAUUACUUCUUCAGCAUCAUGGGAGAAAAUCUUACAACCAGGGUUAGGCGGAUGAUGUUGUCUGCAAUACUUAGGAAUGAAGUUGGUUGGUUUGACGAAGAAGAAAACAAUUCAAGUCUUGUGGCUGCGCGUCUAGCUGUUGAUGCAGCUGAUGUGAAGUCGGCUAUAGCUGAGAGAAUAUCAGUCAUCCUGCAGAACAUGACUUCACUUAUGACUUCUUUCGUUGUUGGAUUUAUCAUUGAAUGGAGAGUGGCAAUACUUAUUCUGGCCACUUUCCCUCUACUUGUGCUUGCCAACUUUGCUCAGCAACUUUCAAUGAAGGGCUUUGCUGGUGACACGGCAAAGGCACAUGCCAAGAGCAGUAUGGUUGCAGGUGAAGGUGUGAGCAAUAUACGCACCGUAGCGGCCUUCAACGCUCAAAGCAAGAUCUUGUCACUCUUCAGCCAUGAACUGCGUGUACCAGAGCAGCAAAUCCUCCGCCGCAGCCAGACAUCAGGUCUUCUGUUUGGCCUGUCUCAGCUCUGCUUAUACUCCUCUGAAGCGCUCGUCCUCUGGUAUGGUUCUCAUCUUGUGCGGUCACAUGGGUCCACCUUCUCCAAGGUCAUCAAGGUUUUUGUUGUCCUUGUGGUGACUGCCAACUCCGUAGCUGAAACGGUGAGCCUGGCCCCAGAGAUCAUCCGCGGAGAGCAACAAGAAUUGAGCCUGAUGAUUCCAGAGUCAGAGAGGGUCACCACCAUCCGAGGGGACAUUGAGCUGCGGCAUGUAGACUUCUCGUAUCCAGCACGCCCAGACAUUCAAAUCUUCAAGGACUUCAACCUGAAAAUCCAAGCUGGACGCAGCCAAGCGCUCGUCGGAGCCAGCGGUUCAGGGAAGAGCACUGUCAUUGCUCUCAUCGAGCGGUUCUACGACCCAUGCGGAGGAAAAGUGGCCAUUGAUGGCAAGGACAUCCGGACGCUGAACUUGAAGUCCUUGCGGCUCAAGAUCGGCCUCGUGCAGCAGGAGCCAGUCCUCUUCGCUUCGAGCAUUCUCGAAAACAUUGCAUACGGCAAGGAAGGCGCGACCGAGGAGGAGGUGAUCGAGGCGGCAAAGACGGCGAACGUGCACGGCUUCGUCAGCCAGCUGCCCGAUGGCUACAAGACGUCGGUCGGCGAGCGGGGCAUGCAGCUGUCUGGCGGGCAGAAGCAGCGGAUCGCCAUCGCCAGGGCGGUGCUCAAGGACCCGGCCAUCCUGCUGCUGGACGAGGCGACGAGCGCACUGGACGCGGAGUCCGAGUGCGUGCUCCAGGAGGCGCUGGAGCGGCUGAUGAAGGGGCGGACCACCGUGCUGGUGGCGCACCGGCUGUCGACGAUCCGAGGGGUGGACCGCAUCGCGGUCGUGCAGGACGGGCGGAUCGUGGAGCACGGCAGCCACUCCGAUCUCCUGGCCCGGCCGGAAGGCGCCUACUCGCGGCUGCUGCAGUUGCAGCACCACCGUGUCUGA